ACCCUAUACUAACUACUAUCAAGAUGGAACAGGAUUUAAAUAAUCCUGCUAUACGCUCAGAAGACAUAUCAGAGGACAUUGGUACUGAAGUCUUCGCAGAUGAAUCAAUAAGCUUUGAUGAGAAUGGCAACAAGGUUUGGCUUAUAAAGAUACCAAAAUUCUUGAAAGAACGCUGGGAAAAUGUCGAUCAGGACGCUUUAGAAUUAGGUACUUUAAGAGUAUUCAACGACAACUCCGUCAAAGUUAUCCUCCCUAAUCAACAAUACGAUCAACUCACACCUGAUCUCCCCAGAGAGUACACUCUAAACGUACAUAAGCAUACAUCUGAUAAUAGCUAUGUAUUCGCUGAAAAAGAAUCAGAAAUUACCCAAGAACAGCAAAAUGUUGCAAACAGUGGCGCUUUCACAAAGAUAAACCCUCCAAUAAACACGAAAUUAUCAGGAAAAAUACAUCAUGAAGGCUCCCUUAUUCCAGAUUUAAAUGAUAGUUAUAAACAUAUCAUGAAGCAAAGACAACAGUCUGCUAGUCAACCUAAACGUACUGCCAAGAUUUUGGAGCCAGAAGAUACCAAAUUGGCUUCUGGAUUUAACACUGCAUCUAGAUUCAGCUCCUUCAUUAAAACUGAUAAAUCUAAACAAAAAGGUGCUCAAUUCGAAAGAGCGGCUAGAAUGCCUAGAAAUGAACUACUUGAUUUACUUUUCAGUCUAUUUGAAAGACAGAAGUAUUGGAAUAUGAGAGACUUAAGAUCAAGAACUCAACAACCAUUAACAUACUUGAAAGAAACACUAAUGACAAUCGCUCAUUUAGCUAAUAAAGGUCCAUAUCACGGACAUUGGUACUUACAGGAUGUCUAUCAACGUGAACAUCACGAUAAAGUUAGACAACAAGCUGAAUUUGAAAGGCAAGCAAAAGAAGAAGAUGUUUUGGAUAAUGAUGACAUUGAUAAUAAUGAUACUAAUGCAUAAUUUAUUUAUUUUUUUC